GUGCUUGGGCACCCCCACAGCUCUGAUUAUUGGUAUCUGAGAUAUUUUGGUGGUCUGAGACCUUUUCCCAGAGCCUGAACUGCAGAGGAAGCAGUUUGAAGCCCCUUACAAAGGUGCCAGAAUGGACCUACAGAGCCUGAGCCAAUCUGUAGGUUGAGAAAGUUUCUCACUCAGAUGGCAAAUAGGGGGCUUGUCAUGCUCACUGCCUGCUGGACAGGCAGCCAGGCCUCAUGGAGUGACUGGAACAGUUGGGCAGUCCCCAUUUGAGGUUCCAUGAUUGGGGAAUGAGCAGUAGCAUUUUGAUCUCGGGCAGGAGAUGAGGUUGGCAUCACCAUUUUUGUGGUGUCAGCAGAAGAGGGAGAUAGAGCUUGAAUUCAAGCUUUGCAUAGCCCUCCAAGGUUGUAGUCUCCGUUCCAGAGCACAUAUUUUAAGAUGAAUGGAUUGGAUCAGACUUAAAUAGUUCUAAUAAAUAACCUUUGGGCUCUCUCUGUGCCUACUAAGAGCAGAGUCUUGAUUUUAAGAAACGACUUUAAAGUCAAAUGUACCUUCAUCCCAUUUAUGUUGCAGGUGAUUGAAGCUGAUAAUCAUUCAGUGAGCUGAGGUGAUCUCGAGAGCAGAAUGUGUUAGGACACAGCUGUGUUGAGGGAGAGCUGCACUUUGACCCUAAUAACUUGACAAAGCUGAAUUUUAAAGAUCCCAGAAGAUGGUGUCUGCUUGCAUCCUGGUACUAAGGCACUGACAGCAGUGGGAGUCACUCGAGUAGUUGUCUCCCAAAGAGAAGAUUGGCCUUGCCUGCUUGGGAUUGCUGCUGAUCCCCAGGUCAGUGAGCUGGGGAGGUCACAGGGUAUGGGAGGUCUCCACAUUCACUGAGAUUUCUGUGUCCAGUUUCCAGAAGCUGCCAGCAGUACUGCUCUGAGCUCUGCAGAGCCUGAGGACCUGGGACUUGGUCCUAGAGCAUAUUUAGCUUUAGAGUGUCAGCUCACCUUCCCCAUCCCUCUCUCCCUGUGCAGUCUGACACAGUCCGUGCGUUUUCACUUUGUAUCACAGAAACAAAAAGCCAGUAGUUGACAGAACCCUCUUUUUGGGAAGGGGGAGGAUUCUCACUGGGGAUAUCCUGAAGCAAAAGUUUGACAAUAACAUCCUGGGGAAACAAUGGAUAGAUCAGACUUGGAGUCUUGUCGGCUUCAGUCACACCUGUGGCAGGUUCGAGGUUCGCCUUGGCUGGGGGAUGUUCCAGCCAGGUGUGUCAGUGCAGCACGGAGCUGCUGGCCCAGCCCCAGCCCUGCUGUGCCAACAGGUAACCCCACAUGUGCUUCACUACCCAGUAACUUUUCUGCUUCCUGGCCUUACCGUCUCCCAGCAGGCGCAUCGGUGAGAAAGCAGUGCGAGGACAGGUCUCAGCCUGCCUUGCCUUGCCAACAGGGUUACAAAAUGGGUUCUAGGACCAAACCCAUUCCACAAAAUGUGAGGAUUAAAUAUCGAAAUCCUUGGCGUUGCCUGUGUGCUUAGAAGGGCUGAGGAAAGAAGCUUUAUCAAGAGGAUCAGCUGAAGCAGGGAAUUGUCCCUCCUGCUCCUUUUGCUUCCCAGGGAGCACGUGUGGUCCCCUGCCUGUGGCUCUGCCUCCACAAGGCACUUCCAGCCCUAUUGCUAGACCAGAAAAAAUGGAGAUGUGAAGGGACCCCAGGGAACUGGGAGAACAAGGAAGAGGAGAGAUCCUGAUUUUGUGCAGGUUUUUUUGCUGAUUGCUCCUAGAAGCAGUCCUUUGGGAAGAUUGUCCUCAGAGCUCUUGAUCCUUGUGCUUGCUGCAGCACUUGGCUCAAGCCUGUGGCUGGCUGCACCUCACUGUUCCCCGCUUCUGCCUGUAUUUCCUGCACCCUGGCUCAGGUUGUAGCAAGUGCACAACUGGGAUUGGUUUUCAGCCUUUGUUUUUGCCUCCUCCAAGGAGCAUAAGAAGGCCAGAGCCCUGGCUCUGCUGUGGGAAAGGCAUCCUCACAGAGUGAGGUGCCAGAGCUGGAAAGUGCUGAGGCAGCUGGUGGGACAGGAGAAAAUGGUGUUGAGGGAGAGGAGAAAGGCUGGGUCGGUCUUGGUCUACCUUGGAAACUCAGUCAUUAGCAUGAGGUUCAGGAAUAUUGUUAAGGUACUGUGGGACUAAAUAUUACCUGCCCUUUAUGGACUUAUGCUUUGUGCUGGGGCUGCACUAUCCAUCCCACUGAUGGCCCUGGGUUUCAGCAGCCGCCCUUUAACUGGAAAACUGCCAUUUUAGCUAAAUUAGGAGCAGCAGCCACUGCCCCAGAGGCUGGACAACCCCCUCCCUCCUGCAGAGCCCCAGCCCACAGAGCGAUUUGUGAGCUGACCCAUAACAAAGGGGAGCUCCCCUAAUGAGGGAACAUUACCAUCAUUACCCACAGCUGUUCAGGAGGGGAUCUUGUGCUUGUCUCAGUACUGGAAUCACUCAUUCUUUAGCCUCAGGACCGGUUGACAACAGAACCUGAGGAGGUCAAUAACCAUCCAGGGAGUGAGUGAUACAUCCUGGCCUACAGUUUCUGUUGAUUUAGCCUGUUCAGACAGGCCUAGUUCUUAAAUUUAACAGGCUUUAGCUAAAAUUUUACUGUGUUAAUUUGAAAUACUAAUAUAGUGAAUUAUUUAUUAUGACAAGUAAUUCCACAGAAGAGUACAGAAUGAGAAAAAAAAUUCCAGAAGAUCUAAGUAGGGUGCAAUGUUAUGUUCCACUCUCCCAUAUGGUUCUACAAAAGCUUUCAUGGCUAAACCUCAGGCUUUCUCUCUGCCAGAGGUAAACAGCUGCCUUCUCAUGAUCUCAGCAUAACAGGGUGUUCAGGGUGUUACUAGUUGGGUGAUGGUCUGGAAAGUGAGGGAAUGGGUUGUACUUACUGCUUCUUGCUUUUUCCUUCUCAAAAGUUUCAGAGUUUAAAAGUGAAAAGGUAGCUGUAAAUUAGCUGUAGCCUGCAAAAUGCAGCUGACUGUGAGGCAUAAUCCCCCCUCAGUUACCUGUGCUUUGUAGUCUCACAACAGUUGUUGAAGCAGACUUUAUUUAAAGGAAAAUAAGUAGCAACUAAGUAAGUGCACAGAAGGGACUAAUUUAACCAACCCAUUGGAUAAAAGGGUAGGGCAAGAGAUGUCUUGGGAAUGUUUUAAUCUGUCAGAAAUGUGAUGACUAAAGGAGCAAUUACUGCUCUAUGUACCAUCCCUGGGCCUCUCCUACACUCACUUAGAAGUAUUUCUACAUUUCUCAUGCAACCUGCCCAUGUGACAAAUCCGCACACACGCUGUACUCAAUUAGUGUCAAGCUAAGAGCUGCUCUGCAUGUGUCUCACCUCUCUAAACCCCUCCUGGAAGCAAUUUUCCCAGCAUACAAAGAAUAAAUCACCAUUCUGCUAACUCUCUCAGAGGACAGUUCCCAAAUAAGGGCCAAAUAAACACAUGUAAUACAUGAUAAAACAUUAUAAUUAAUGAGAUAAUAUUCUUCCCAGCAGAAGUAGGUGCAGAGUAUUAGCUUUUUUAAGUGUUAAAUGUUAUAUGUAAUUAAAUAUGGCAGGGUAGGUGAGACAAGGCACUUGAACAAAAGCACUUGUAGAAAACUAGUGAAACGACUUAACCCCAAAACCCAAUCCUUCCUCUAAAAAAAUAUAAAAACCCCCAACAAAACCCCAAACAAACUGGUAAAGAAAAAUCUAUGUACGUGUACUACAGGAAGUAUGACUGACUUUACCUGUGUCCCAGGCUCUCCAGAAGCAUCAGUAGAUGAAGAAGUGAGGAGGGCAGAGGGAGGGUGUACAGCCUGCCCCACACACCCCUCCUGGGGCACCAACUACACCAGGGUGAAACCGUUACCUUAAUGUGACAAAUGACUUAACACAGCCACACCUUGUGUAAUCAAUAGGCACUGUGCUACUGGAAUCCUGUGCCUGGGAGUUUCCUGUGAUGCUGCUGUCGCUCCUCACACACAUUUUCGGGUGACUAGCAUCGUGCUGCCUGUUUUGGCUCUCGUGCACCAGGGGGCUCUGCUACUCUUGUGGCCUUCUGCUGAAGGCUGGCUGGGUCAGAAACCAUCAUGUGCCAGUGAAGGAGCAGCUCCUCUAAACAGCCCUGGGGUGGCUCUAGUGAAAAUUGUGCUGAAGGAGUGAUGUGAGUUAGAGAUGACUGAGAAGGGCUGGGAGGGGAGCACUGAUGAGCUUACUGUGGGUAUGGGAUGAGUAGAGCCAAGCAGAGGCUUUGUGUUUUCAGCACCCUCUCUUUGGCUGCUGGAGGUGGGAGGGAGGGCAUGUUUCCCUUCCCUAUCAGACAUUCCACUUGUGCCUCCCUCCCUGAGCCUGGGGAUGCCCUGGGCAGGAGGGCAGCAUGCCUGGGCUUCUGAACCCCUGUCAUGGUGCCACUGCUCAGCUUUAUGGGAGCCCAGGGCCCUUCUCCUCAGAGUGGGAUCCCUGCAUCUCCAGUGUCAUCCUCAUGUCCCAGAGAAGCCAAACAAGCAGGCCUGGCCCUCCAGCCCAAACAGGGGCUGUGCUGGAGCAGCCAUGGCGGGGGUGAGGGGUCCUGACUAGUCAGGGCAGCUGAGCCCAUUGGUGCCUGAGGCAGGCUGGGAGCUGCCCAGCUCCUCUCCCUCAUACUGGCGGGAUUGGGCCUUGGUGCCUUCCCCAGAGUUCAGGGACAUGAGAACACGCCUGGAGUGCAACUGGCAGUGGCCAGAGGACGCUGCGGAGCUGCCACUGCUCACCCUGUGAGUCAGGGGUGGCCACGUGAGGCCCCAGCACCAGCCCCGAUGCCUUCCCACCCACCCGCCACCACAAGCCAGGGCUGGCACUGGGAUCUCUGCCCCUGGGAUCCUGAACCACCGCACAGCCUUGCAGAGCUUUGCAGUGACCACAGAGAAGUGCACAGUGCUAAAGGAGAAAUACAAACCAGGCACAGCAAUGGAGAACUUGAAUGUCCUGGUCUCAGAUCUUACUGAAGAGCAGCAAGCUCCUCAACAGCUGCGAUGUCCUGCCUGGGGGCUGUGCUGCCUGCCUGAAAGCCAUAGAGAAGAAAGGAGUCAGGGCAAUGGCUGUUCUUUACCUCUUGCUGAAGGCAUCCAAUCCAUCUGGAUACAGACAGCUGCCCAGCUCCAAAGGAAAGGAUGAAAAGUUGAAACUCCUGAAGAGACUGGAAAGGAAUCUUGUACUUUCACAGGAGGAACAAAAGGCUGAAGAUUCAUCUCAUGAAUCCAUGGAUGAAGAUACACAAGACAGUGAUGAGGAAGAUUUAGGAAGACAGAAGACUGAAGGCCAAUUACUCGGAGGCACACCAGCAGAGAUGGUUCCCUACAGAGAUUCAGAGAUUACCAGAAGAGAAGAUUCAAUUGCAGAUGCAUAUGAGAACCAGAGCACUCCCCCCGCUCAGUGGGCAGUUCGGUGGAUGGGCAUACGGAAGGAUGAUGAAUUCUUUCAUUUUGUCAUUCUUUGCUUUGCAAUUGGAGCUUUACUAGUUUGCUACUACUACCACCAAGAUUGGACUAUUUCUCUUGGAAUUGGUUUAAUCACCUUUGCUUCCCUGGAAACCACUGGGAUAUACUUUGGUCUAGUGUAUCGGAUUCGGAGCGUCCUUGACAGCUUUGUUCCUCUGAUUGACAAAUUCAGGCCAAGAGGUCUGAGGAAAGCUGCCUAGGAGGAACGUUUCAGGAGAGUUCCACAAACCAUGCUGUCUGAAUUCUCAGUACUAGAAGAACUGCUUUAUGAGGUGAACCUAAAAACUGAAUGACCAAUGUGAAAUAUUGAAAUGUCAAACCACCGAAAGACAUCACUCUUUCCCCUCAAAAAUAAACCUGAAACGGGGGUACAGGGCCCAUUCUUGCUUCUGAAGGGGUUUGUGGCUCAGCAAAGCUCAAACACAAACCAGCAUCUAGACCGUGAUUGCCUUAAUUCCAUUAAAUAUGAACACAUUCUC